GUCUGAAUCAAGGCGGAGGGAGACUGGUCUUAGACUCCAGCUAAAGAAACCCAAGACAUACAGGUGUCAGCAUUUUAUUUCUGCAAUCCCGUUCUCAUUUUGCUGUUGGGGUCUUGAAGAAAAGCCUGUUUUACCAUAUUGCUUUGAUGCUAGAUAGUAAAUCAAGAGACGGCGUAACUUCUGCUUAGUCACUCAGGUGGUUUCUCACUUCUGUUUUCGGAUAUAUGCCACAAGUGGAGAGGUCAGACCUGACACGUGUGAAGACCUGCUUCUUUCGCCUUCAAUUCAUCUGAACCGACUUUUAUCCAUCAGACAUGUAGAAGCUGGAGGUGAGGCUGGUUCAUGAGGAAUUAAGAAAAAUCUCCAGGAUCGAUAAUGCACUGCUUGGACUGUUUACUCUACCUGGGAGUGCUGGUAAUGGUGGUGGCUGGCAAGAGCAUGCUGGACGACUGCUUGGAAACCGACCGUAAAUACAAAAUGAACGUCGUGCUGCUGGAGGACAACACCUACGAAUGGAGUCUGCCGUUUGUGCAGAGGGCUGUGGAGCAAGCUAUAGAGAAGGACAGGCAGGAGAACAUCAACAUGGGCGUAAACAUCAGUUUGACGGCUAACUACAACGGGUUCAACACCAGCGUGUACAACAGGCAGGGCUGCGGGAGCAGCACCUGUGGAGGAGUGUCAAUACUCAAGAGGCUGGAUCGCAGCGGUGAAGUAGGAUGUGUUAUGCUGGGACCUUCAUGUACAUAUGCCACUUUCCAAUUAGUGGAUGAAGAGAUCGGCUUGACCCUGAGCAUUCCCAUCAUCUCUGCUGGGAGCUUCGGCCUCUCAUGUGACAACAAGCCCAAACUGACUCGUCUUUUGCCUCCAGCUCGAAAAAUCAUUGAUUUGUUACUGAAAUUUAAGGCUGAGGACCUGGGAUUUAAGCCUGUAUGGAAUAAAUUCUAUGUGUACAAGGAGGGGAGCGCUGCACCUGAAGACUGUUUCUGGUACAUCAAUGCACUGGAAGCGCCGUCUGCAAGUUUUGCCUCUCAAGCAAAAAGGGAGAUGCUGCGCAGUGAGACCGAGCUGAAGCAGGUCUUGGUGACUUCAGAACGGCACAGCAACAUAUUUAUUUUAUGUGGGGGCCCCGGUGACAUUCGUUCAAUAAAACACAAUAUAAAGAUUCAUCCAGACACCUUGUUCCUUCUUCUUGAUGUUUACAACCCUGAUUAUUAUGUCAAUGAAACGGCCCCUGACUGGAUGCAAGACGUAGUCAUAGUCACUCUGCCACAAAGGAACUACACAUACGGAUCAAACUCGUCAUACAAUGACACGAUAAAUGACUACGUGGCUGGAUAUCAUGAUGGAGCUCUGCUCUUUGGGCGAGCGCUCAGAGAAAGGAAGCUCGGCAAUCGACUCAGCGAGGACCAUAACCCACUUGGAAAUGUCACCUUUGAUGGCAUGGGAGGACACUAUGUGCUUGAUGAGCACGGGGACCGGGAUGUGAACUUCACUUUCAUUUACACAUCAGUCAAAACUGGGAAGUAUGAAACUCUGCUAGUGUUUGAUACGUCACAGAAGAGAAUCAUCGAAACGCACCCAGACCCUGCCCUGGGCUGGAAAGGUCAACUUCCUAGUGACGAACCUGACAAUUCAGACGCGUUGAAUCCACAGGACGUGGUUGUGAUCGUUUUGGGUGUCAGUGUUGUGGUGGUGACGGCCAUCGCUCUCAUCUUCUACAGGCAGAACAGGAAGGAGCGUCUAAUGCAGAAGAAGUGGUCCCACAUCAGUCCACACAUGAUUGGUCCCCUUGAUGAGAAGGAGGUCUCUCUGAAGAUCGAUGAAGAUAAGAGGAAGGAUAGCACCUACUUCAGACAGCGAGGAUGCUAUGACAAGAAGCCUGUAAUCCUGAAGGAGCUGAAACAUGUAGAUGGGGAUUUUACUGAAGAACAGAAAAUUGAGCUCAACACUCUGUUACGGAUCGAUUACUACAACCUAACCAAGUUUUACGGCACUGUGAAGUUCGAGUAUGGUGUCUUUGGGGUGUUUGAGCUGUGUCAGAGGGGCUCCCUCAGGUACAUUCUCAGUGACCGGAUAUCCUAUCCAGAUGAAACCUUCAUGGACAUGGAGUUUAAGAUAUCAGUCAUGUAUGACAUAGCAAAGGGCAUGUCAUACCUCCACUCGAGCAACAUUGCAGUCCACGGUCGCCUCAAGUCCACCAACUGUGUGGUCGAUAACCGUAUGGUCGUCAAGAUCACCGACUUUGGCUGCCACACCAUCCUGAUGCCGGGCAGAGAUCUGUGGACAGCUCCAGAGCAUCUGCGUAAAGAGGGCGUGUCACAGAAAGGCGACGUUUACAGCUACGGCAUCAUCGCACAUGAGAUUGUUCUGAGGCAAACCCCGUUCUACACCCAGUGCUGCUCUAAUAAUGCAGAGAAAAUGCACAGAGUGCAGUAUCCCAGGGGUAACUUCUUCUUCAGACCUGACCUCUACUUCGAGGGAGUAUCAGAGAGAGAAAUUGAGCUUUACAUGCUGAUAAAGAACUGCUGGGAUGAAGACCCUGAACGAAGGCCAGAUUUCAAGAAGAUAGAGUUAACGCUGGGAAAGAUUUUCAGUAACUUGCACAACCAAGCCACCGAGACAUACAUGGACAACCUGAUCCGUCGUCUGCAAAUGUACUCCAGGACGCUGGAGUGUUUGGUUGAGGAAAGGACGGCUUUGUACAAAGCUGAGAGGGAUAGAGCGGAUCGCCUGAACUUCAUGCUGCUACCUGGUCCUGUGGUGCGCUCUCUAAAGGAGACAGGAAGAGUGGAGCCCGAGUUGUUUGAGGAGGUUACCAUCUAUUUCAGCGACAUAGUGGGCUUCACCACCCUCUGCCACUACAGCACCCCCAUGGAGGUGGUAGACAUGCUGAAUGAGAUCUAUAAGAACUUUGAUAGCAUUCUGGAUCACCAUGAUGUCUACAAGGUUGAGACCAUUGGAGAUGCCUACAUGGUUGCAUCAGGGUUACCCAAGCGAAAUGGCAACAGGCAUGCGGUGUACAUCGCCCACAUGGCCCUCGAUAUUUUAUCAUUUGUGGGGACUUUCGAGCUACAGCACCUGCCAGAGAUUCCUCUGUGGAUCCGUAUUGGAGUGCAUUCAGGUCCAUGUGCAGCCGGAGUGGUUGGAAACAAAAUGCCUCGCUACUGUCUUUUUGGAGACACGGUGAACACGGCCUCUCGCAUGGAGUCUACAGGCCUGCCUCUUAGGAUUCAUGUGAGCCAGUCCACAAUCAACAUCCUGCAGAGGACAGACUGCAAGUUUGAGUUUGAAAAAAGAGGAGAGACAUACCUGAAGGGUAAAGGCAAGGAGAUGACCUACUGGUUAACGGGUAUAACAGGAAGACAAUACAACCUGCCCACACCACCAACAGCGGAGAACUUCCAGCGGCUCCAGCAGGACCUUGCAGAGAUGAUCGUGUCCAGCCUGGAGAAGCACCGAGCCGGGAAGGAGGGCUUCGAAAAGAGGAAGACCUUGUCCACGAGGAUCCGUUGGAGAGAUGCCAACGACGGCCUGCAGAAGGAAAGCCCGCCCGAGUACUUCCACCUGGCCGUCACCGACAAUCCCAGCACGUUCCUGUGACAGCAACAUGGAGGAGCUUUCUGUGAAAGACUUUUAAGGACAGUGUUUGUUAGGACCGCUCUGUUGAGUCAGCAUGAUGGUGCAGCAGAAGCAGCAGGCUGGUUAAAGGUGAGAUAAUCUCUUUAUGAUGUGAGUGCGCUCUCCCCAGGUCACAGUCCUCCAUAGUUUGAUUCGGCUAAAAGAGCAGCAGGUUCCUUAUGUAACAUCUUCCAAGCUAGAAGAUGAGUUUGUCAAAUUGAUUUGUAACAUGUUGCGAUCUUUACUAUUUUCUGCUGUUGUGCCAGCACUUUGCACGUGAUUACUAUUAGAAACAUGUAGACUUUGGUUUGAGCCUGUUGUAAUCGGAAACGAAAGUCAUUUUUCUGCUAAAAAAGUUGUGAGAAGAGAAAAGUGAAGGUACUCAAUGUAGCUUUUUUGUUUACUUUUAUGACGCGUCUCCUUGUUGCCUGCAGGAAGCUCGUACAUUGCAAAAUCUGACAAGUUAUUUACUGUGUAAAUAAGCUUUAUUUGCAACAAAUGGCAAUGGAACUACAUUGCCAUGCUAAUUUAGUAGCUACACUUCCAGCAGGCCUAGUUUCAGUUAGAUGUUUACGUACUCGUCAUUGGCAUUGAUGUCGUAUCCUUUUUGUAGAAAUCAAAAAGCUACUGGCAUAAUUCUCAGACUCGAUCAUUGAACACACCUUUUAGCAGAACUGACAGGUUACAUUUAAACUGCUUGGUUUUUGGCACUGAGCCGGCUUUCAAGCAAACCUCACAAAUUUCCAAAAAGGUUCAAGUCGGGGCCAUACCAGGGGCUUAAAGAAGCAAUAUGUAAGAAAUUGAAUGUAAAAUGAACCAAAAUCAUUGUCAUUUAUCAAUGAUGGAAGUAUCAUUCCCUUUGAACAAUCGGUC